AUGUCGUCUGUGUCUACCGCUGCCGAGUCUCCUCCUGCAAUUGUUUGCGAGCCGCAGCAAUUCAAAUAUGCCACCAAAGGCGAGCUUGGGAAGGGCGGUUUCGCCAUAUGCCACAAAGCAGAACUACUCGAAGACGGAAAACCUACCGGUCAGCUGUAUGCGUUGAAGAUUGUCAAAUCAAAGAUUGAGCCUGCAAAGGUCGCCCAAAAGUUUGUCACUGAACUGCAGAUACAUUCCAAAAUCCAGCACCCCAACAUCGUCGAAUUUUACCGGGCCUUUUCAUAUGGAUCUAGCACCUAUGUUGUCUUGGAGAUGUGCGAGAACGGGUCGCUGGCAGACAUGUUACGGAAGCGGAGGUGUCUUACGAUGCCCGAAAUUCGAAGAUUCAUUAUUCAGACGUGUGGAGCCAUUAAAUACCUACACCACCGGAAUAUCAUACACAGGGAUUUGAAGACUGGCAACUUGUUCCUUGACGCGAACAUGAACGUCAAGGUUGGUGAUUUCGGGCUGGCUGCUGUGUUGAUGUCAUCCAGCGACAUGGGCGCAAGAAGAACAACCAUGUGUGGCACGCCGAAUUACCUUGCACCUGAAAUCUUGGAAAAAGGAGGGAAAGGCCAUAACGAGAAAGUAGACCUGUGGGCCAUUGGUAUCAUUGCUUACACCCUUGCGGUAGGGCGAGCACCAUUCCAUGCCCAGAAAAGAGAAGAGAUAUACAAGAAGUUGCAAUCACGAGACUACACGUGGCCAGAGCUCUCAAAGUCGCAGAACGAUAUAUCAAUGGAGCUACGAGAGCUUGUAAGCUCGUUGCUUGUCCACGAGGAUGAGCGCCCGAGUCCCGACGUGAUCGUCAGUCACGAUUUCUUCAAGCUGAACUGGAUACCGCCGCAUCUACCUACAACGACUAAAAGUACUGCACCUACCUGGCCCAAGCCACAACCUCCUUCGCCCGCUACUAGGGAGAGAGGGUUCUCCGAUGGAUGGUGGCGAUUGUGUAAAGAAUCCGGGGUGGGCCAGUAUGCACCCGGAAAAACAUUUCCAGUGAUUGGUAGCAAGAAGAUGAGAUCAAUCUUCCGGGAUUGUCAAAAGGAGAUUGAACAGGGACGGCAGCCGAUAUUACCAAUCGCCUCAGACAGUGUUUAUCUUCCAUUUCCAGAGCGAACCAAUUGGCCAUAUGCAAACCCAAAUUCAUUGUCUGAUAUAUCAGAGGAGAAGGAGCAAAAACCUAGCGGACGCCAUCUGAAGACUGUUGAAGCCAACGAAAGGGUUCGGCGGGCACCAAUUCAAAGGAUCGAGGAAGAGCAAUCCUCCUCUUCCAAGGAGAACGUCGAGCCAACUCAGAGCCGACGAGAAAAGGCGGCGCCAGCUGAAAAGGUUCGGAGAAUACCGUCAGUACGGAAAAUUCGGGAGGAAGAAGAAGCUCUGGAAGUGCCGGCCCCCCGAAAUGUGAGGAACUCAAUCCAGAUUGCGAAAUCGAGGGCGAAGACGUCCACGAUGAGGCGACCAGUAGAGCAUGUAGUCUUGGAAGUCGACCUACCAGUCGAUAACUUAGCCGAAACACAGAGACCAACGACAACAUCGAUAAGGGUACAAUCGGCAACAACGGCGAAGAAUCUUUCCGGUCAUACUGCGUCACGCCGAGCUGCUACAUCGAAACCAUUGCCUCCGGUACCAAAAGCGAGCACAACGGUGAUUCCUGAGACUGACCCUUUGGCGGUCCUAGAAAAGGUCUCCAUCCUUCGACAGAAUAUCCAGUUGGCGCUCAAGAACCGGUCAUCUUCUGGACGAAGGCAUGCAGUCGACCAACAGCUUCCUUUUGUCUCUAAAUGGGUCGACUAUUCAAAAAAGCAUGGUGUUGGUUAUGUAUUGGCGGACGGAACUAUAGGUCUUUCUAUGAGAGCCUCACCCAAGAAUCCCGUCACUCACGUUCUUAUGCGCAACGGAACGGACGGGCUCUUGAAGUUGGUCAAACAUCCCGCGUACUUGGAAAAAGCCGAUUUUGAGUUCUAUGUUGACGGCGGUGCGGACGGCAUUCGAGUUGGUGCUGUAGAGAACGACAGACGCAAGGCUGCCAUCGUCCUGUGGUCUAAGUUUGCCAAAUACAUGUGCCAGCAGCUUGGCCAAGCAGAGAGUCAGGGUGAGCCGAGUGAGGCUGGGAAGACUGCGGACGUCGUGAGAUUUUAUCAACGUCUGGGUGGCGUAGGGAUCUGGGGUUUCACUGAUGGUUCUUUUCAGUUCAAUUUUCCAGAUCACACGAAACUCGUUCUGUCCUCAGAUGCAACGUACUGCAACUUCACAUGCCUCUCGAUCGAGGCAGCACACCACAUGAAGAAAUACGGCUCUUUGCCGUUUGAGCAUAUUCGUUCCCGGAUGGUAGUCACUACAAAUUUGCGCAGCCUCCUUCAUGGUAACAAGACUGAAGAUGGUCUAUCCUACCGGGACAUCGGGGAAGCUAACGUACUUGACCAAAAACUCGACUUCAUUUUGAGGCUCACGGAACAAUGGCUUCGUGCUCGAGGCCUUGGCUGCACUCCCCCUGGCGACGAAAGGCUGAGAUGGGAAGGGCCGCAGCUGGAAGAUGGAAAGAGACAGGACUGGGUCACUGCAGUGACAAAACGAGCCGGCCGCAAGAAGGAUGCUGGGGGUGCCAAACAACAAGCUGCAGCGGGUGGUAGCAAUGGGAAAGCUAUCUCUAAGAAAGCAGUAUUCGAGGCCACAAAGAAGAAAGAGGUCGGAGUUUCGGAUCUCACAUUGAUCAGCAAAAUCAGUAAUGAGGCCAUCAACGACAACCUCAAGAAGCGAUUCGAGAACGCAGAGAUAUACACAUACAUAGGUCAUGUACUGGUGUCUGUAAAUCCAUUCAGAGACCUGGGCAUAUACACCGACCAGGUUCUGAACAGCUAUCGUGGGAAGAACCGACUGGAGAUGCCUCCUCACGUAUACGCCAUCGCUGAAGCAUCCUACUACAACAUGAACGCAUACAAAGAGAACCAAUGUAUAAUCAUCUCAGGAGAGUCAGGCGCCGGAAAAACAGAGGCGGCGAAGAGAAUUAUGCAAUAUAUUGCAAAUGUCUCGGGUGGUAGCAAUUCUUCCAUUGAGGAGGUUAAGGACAUGGUGCUGGCAACCAACCCGCUCCUGGAGUCGUUUGGAAACGCAAAGACGCUCAGGAAUAACAACUCGUCUCGAUUCGGAAAGUAUCUCGAGAUACAGUUCAACUCGCAAGGCGAACCCGUUGGGGCUAAUAUUAACAAUUACCUCCUGGAAAAGACUCGCGUGACAGGGCAGAUUACGAACGAAAGGAAUUUUCACAUCUUCUACCAGUUCACAAAGGCGGCGUCGAGUAGUCACAGGCAAAAUUUUGGAAUCCAGGAGCCCUCAUCUUAUCUAUACACGAGCAAGUCCAAGUGCCUGGACGUUGAUGGCAUUGACGAUCAUGCCGAGUUCAAAGAUACUCUUAAUGCUAUGAAGAUCAUAGGACUGAGCCAAGGCGAGCAAGAUAAUAUAUUCAGACUACUAUCUGCAAUUUUGUGGCUCGGAAACGCAACAUUUAAGGAAAACGAUGAAGGUAACGCUGAGGUUGCAGAUCAAAGCGUGAUCGACUUCGUAGCGUACCUUCUCGAGGUCGAUUCAGCCCAUGUCCUUAAGGUCUUGUCGACCAGAGUUAUGGAAACCAGCCGCGGUGGCCGAAGAGGAUCUGUAUACGACGUGCCACUCAACAUUCCACAGGCUACAUCUGUACGCGAUGCCCUGGCUAAAGCUAUUUAUAACAACAUGUUCGAUUGGAUCGUGCAAAGGAUCAAUGUCUCCUUGAAAGCGAGAGGUGCGAAAGCAUAUAAUAUUGGUAUCCUAGAUAUCUAUGGUUUCGAGAUCUUCGAGCGCAACAGCUUCGAGCAGCUUUGCAUCAAUUACGUCAACGAAAAACUGCAGCAGAUCUUUAUUCAAUUGACGUUGAAGACUGAACAAGAAGAGUAUGCGAGGGAGCAAAUCCAGUGGACGCCAAUCAAAUACUUUGACAACAAGGUCGUAUGCGAUCUCAUCGAGGAGCGAAGACCGGCUGGUGUAUUUGCCAUACUCAAUGACGCAUGUGCGACUGCUCACGCAGAUCCCACCGCUGCUGAUCAGACGUUUGCCCAAAGACUCGGAACACUGUCAUCGAAUCCCAAUUUCCAACCUCGUCAAGGCCAAUUUAUUGUAAAGCAUUACGCCGGGGAUGUGUCUUAUGCCAUUGACGGUAUGACUGAUAAAAAUAAAGACCAGCUGCUUAAGGACAUCCUGAACAUGUUUGGACAAAGCUCGAAUGAGUUCGUCCACACAUUGUUCCCGCACCAAGUCGACCAAGACAGUAAGAAGCGUCCACCAACAGCUGGAGACAAGAUCAAAGCCUCGGCCAAUGAUCUUGUAACCACGUUGAUGAAAGCUUCUCCGUCGUAUAUCCGUACCAUCAAACCAAACGAAAACAAGUCCCCUUCGGAAUACAAUGGUGGUAACGUCCUGCAUCAAAUCAAGUAUUUAGGUCUACAGGAAAACGUUCGUAUUCGCCGUGCUGGUUUCGCCUAUCGCCAAACCUUCGAAAAAUUUGUCGAGCGUUUUGCGCUAUUAUCACCAAAAUGCUCAUACGCGGGAGAAAUCACAUGGACUGGAGACUACAGAUCAGGUGCUCAACAGAUCCUCCGGGACACACAUAUUCCUCAAGAAGAGUAUCAAAUGGGUGUGAGCAAAGCGUUCAUUAAGACCCCAGAGACGCUAUUCGCCCUAGAAACUAUGCGCGACAGGUACUGGCACAACAUGGCUAUCAGAAUCCAAAGAGCAUGGAGAAACUAUGAGCGAUACAAGGCUGAGUGCGCGAUUCGCAUUCAACGUUUUUGGAGACGUGUCGAUGGUGGAGGCGAACUAAUCAAAGUCCGUAACGAAGGUCAUCAGAUUUUGGGUGGUCGCAAAGAACGACGGAGAUACAGCCUGGUCGGAUACCGGCGAUUUCUUGGAGACUACCUGGGAAUCGACAACAAAGGCGGUCCAGGUGAAGUUAUACGUAACGCAGUCAACAUUGGCAGUGGUGAAAAAACUCUUUUCUCCUGCAGAGCAGAGACAUUAGUGUCCAAACUAGGCCGCUCGAGCAAGCCGGAGGCUCGAAUAUUACUCCUCACCACCAAAAACAUCUAUAUCGUGAAACAAGUUCUGGUCAACAACGCGGUUCAGAUUCAAGCAGAAAGGAUUAUGCCCCUCGGGUCGAUUCGCUUCAUCAGCUGCUCAUCACUGAAAGAUGACUGGUUCGCCCUUGGCAUUGGAUCUCCUCAGGAAGCUGAUCCUUUAAUCAGAUGUGUGUUCAAAACGGAGUUCUUCACCCAUUUCAAAAUGGCUACUCGAUCUUUAGAUUUAAGAGUAGGGCCUACUAUUGACUAUAAUAAGAAACCUGGUAAAGGUGCAUCAAUCAAAACCAUGAAAGACCCUGCAGUUCCAAGAGACGACUUGUACAAGUCUGGGACCAUCCAUACUGGACCCGGGGAACCGCCCAGUUCAGUUUCUAAACCAACACCUCGGGGUAAACAAAUUGCAGCCAAACCUAUCACCAAAGGCAAGCUUCUUCGUCCUGGUGGCCCUGGUGGAGGUGCUGGUAAAUUGAGCCAGGCGGCGGCCGCACGAAAGCAAACACCAGCUACUUCAACGCGUAACACGACUCCAAGACCGGUGCCAGCUCCUGUCGCUGCCUUAAACGGAGAUGCCGGUCAUAUAAGAAACACCUCGACCGGUGCUGCGCGCCCCCCACCUCCACCUCCACCUGUUGCUGCUCCGCCACCCAAAGAGCCUCAAUAUAAGGCAAUGUACGAUUUCACCGGACAAACUGCUGGCGAAUUGAGCAUGAGUAAGGAUGAAAUCAUAUUAAUCGAAAAGAAGGAAAACAAUGGAUGGUGGCUCGCCAAGCGCCUCGACGGCUCAGCAUCAGGCUGGGCGCCAUCAGCAUACCUUGAGGAACAUACGCCGAAACCCGCACCACCUCCACCUCCACCCGUCGCACCGCGCAUUGUGCCAACACCACCUACGGCGAAUGGUACAGCUGCGAAAGCAAAACCUACGCCGCCAGCACCACCAGCUAAGAGACCCGCUGGGAAACGAGCAGUUCCUGCAGCCCCGGCUGCGCGCGAUAGCGGAUACUCCACAAACGAUACUCCGAGGGAUAGCAAUGGAAGCAUGGCUGGAGGUCUGGCAGAGGCCUUGAGACAGCGACAAGCUGCGAUGAAAGGUAAGAGCGCUGACGAUGACGAGUGGUAGUCGGCACUGUCAAGCGUUUCAUGAGGUUCAGUCACUUGGGAUGAAAUCGUGCCUGUGGGCAGAUUCGUCAUGGUAGAACUUGUAGAUAGAGAUGGAUUUUUGAGAUACCUUUAUUCCCCGUGUUGUGCUGUGAAUGUGUAGCAUGGUUUUAUUGCGGUCUCGAUGACAUUACUCUAGAAAUCCCAAAAGGUGAUUGCACCAUAGCAAUGCCAAUGGUAUAUACCUUCAGAGUUGUGACCAGACUGUCAUGUCUUCAAGCAUGUUGCAAUUCAUAAUAGGAGCAAGAAAACAAACUCGAAUUUAAUGGCGACCAUAAGUACCGAAUUCAUAGUUUCAGAUCGAUGUCAUAUAAUACUUCCUGAUAUACUGCUAAUGCAUUAUAUACAAAAUAUGAGAAGCUCACUGGUU